AUGAGACAAAUGAUCGAGAAGCACACAGGCCGCCGGCAGCCCAUCUCCAUCACAGCAGUAGCUGCAUGGGGCAGGGCAUUGGACCAGGCAACUGAGUACCACUCCAUGGUGUCGACGCUGGCAGCAGUGGGGCUGACCCAGGAGUUGCCAGAUGCAUCCUCGCUUCAGAUGCCAACGCUUAGAAGCGACAAAAAAGAAGAGCUGCGCUGCUCGCCAGAUCACAUCUUCGUGACCUCCGCCUUGAAGGACCUGCUCAAUUGGAAUGCAAUGUCAAGGCGCUGGUCGUUGAUACGCGCGGCGAUGAUGGGCGCGUGGUUUCAGAUCACCGCGGUUUGCUGGCAGAGUUUCAGCUCUGAGGCGAACCGGUUCGUGGCACUCCGGGCCGAUGACUUGAUCCGAAGCGAUCACAGCACAUUCCGCGGUGAGGUGGUGCAGGUUGUGCCUGCGGAGGUUUGGUUGCAGCACGACCGCCUGGAACAACGAACCGGCACAUGGUUGGACUUACCCACCAAGAACACAAUGGUGAGAGGGCAGUAUCCAUACUGGAAGCUCAGCCAUGUUCCGGCCAGAAAGUCCGUGAAUGUGUGGAGCAUCUUUUGGGAGAACACCAAGCCAGACAUACAGCCACACGUGCACGCCAGGUUUGACUGCUAUGCCGUGAGCUUCCUGGUAGUGGACGACUCUGUUGGCGCCUUGCCGUGUACAGAGUGGUUGACAAAUUCAUUGCUGCCUCAGUGGUCCUUGCAAGUCCUUGCCAAGCAACAUCCCGGAGCCCUCCAAGGAGUGCCUUUCCUUUGCGUUGGCGACAUCGUGCGGGGACACCGCAUGACCGCCGAGCGCAAGCAACCGCGCUACCUCAAUAUUUGGCACAGGCGAUACACCUCAGUGUCCUUCUCGGACACCGACGGCCGUGAGAUCGAGCCCAACCACUUGGAGUGCGUGUUUUUCGAGGAACACGAGGCAACCAUUACGGAGGAGGACCGUCACAGCAUGCGCCACCUCUUUGAAUGGAUCAGGGGUGUCCUGAAGAAUCAGACGCUGUCAGCUUAUCUGAAGACCAUCGCCUCCCUCAACUUCCAGGAUUCUGAGGAUGUGAUCGUGGAGGUGCUGGCCACAGAUUUCCAGCGCAAGGAGAUGCUGAUCACUGACUGGUCCACCGAGCCCCGCAUCCUGUGUGCCCCGCUGCCCUCGCUGAAAGCGGCCUGGCUCUUCCAGAAGCUGCAGCCGGGCCACUGGGUCAAGAUCCGGGCGGUGACAAACCGGCCGCUCCAGGCAACGAACGCAGCACUUCCUGAUCCGGAGGAGGAGGCAGAGGAGUCAGAUAACAGAGGCGCAGCCUUGGCCGCAGAUCUCUUUGCGCGCUCCUCGCAGGUGACCCGCGUGCCUGAGUGGUGCAAGGAUGUGGUCGUGAGAAAUGCGAGUCGUGCAAUCGAUGACAACCUCCAGGCCAGAAUCAGCGCCUUCAACCUGCGCGCCGGCGACAGCGACAGGCCGGUCCCAAGGCUGAGGCCGGCACCCAGGCCCGCUCUCGAGGACCAGGCGGAUGAGCUUCAGCGCGCCGCAGCAGGGCAGCCAGCGUCCUCACGGCCCGGCCGCACUUCAGAAGCCUUCCGCGCGGUAGAUGCACCUCCCGCUCGCCUGGACUCUAAGUUUUACGAUGGGGAGGCGCCGCUGGAGAAGAUCGAGGCAGCGCUGUCUCCACAGGCCUCGGCCAACUUGCUGCUGGGCGGCUUCCAGCUGCGUGGCGUCAGCCGCGCCUGGCCGCCGGGCGGCGCGGUGGUCCGGAGCUGCUCGGUGCAGGACCUUUUACUGGCAGUGUGCCGCGACUGCGGCAACCGCUACACCCCGGCGGACGUGCGCAGCUUGGAACCGCCCAGGCUUCGGCGGCGGACUGAGGUGAUGGUUGACAACAUUCCGCACUUUGACGGAUGGCAAGAGACCGCACAGCGCUACCUCCAGGAUUCGCAGUACGUCCUCCGGACCUGCAGCGGCCGGGAGCUCCGCGACGUGUUGGUACCAGAGGUGGACUUCCCGGUGACCGUCCUGCGGCAGGUGCCUCCUGGACAUUUGCCUUGCGGCCAUUGGAGCUACUUUUGGCACUUCGAGGGCAGUCUUCACCUUUCAGACAAUGGCGACGAGCUGGUGGUGGCCUUCUCGGACUCGCAGGAGCUCUUUGGGAUCUCGGCCAUGCAGGCCGCAGAGAGGCCAGAGGCCGAGCGAGCAGUGCAGGCGAAGCUCGAUGGCCUCUUCAAGAGCAAUGCGCGGCACCACGUGGUUUCAGUGCAGCGCCAGGGCAGCGGCAGCGGUGGCGGCGAUGUGGAAGGAGCUUGGAUCCUGGCGGGCACCAUUGUGGAAGUCAUGGCUGCCUCAGAACUGGCUUCCUGA